AAAAUAUUACUCAUAGAAGUUCCAACUUCAAAUCUUAUUGGAUGUUGUAUUUUCCAACUUUGCAAUACCUUAUAACCAAUGCUUUGUCAUGUUCCAUAGUGUUAACAAAAAACACAGUGAUGUCUUCUCUUCCUUUGGUUCCCCUCUUUCCAUGUAGCAUGAGAUCAAUGUCUGUAAACAUUUAUGUUCCUUUUCAUGUUCCAGUUACAACAUCAAAUCCGGUUAUCAAACAAGCCAACAAGAUCGUUAUGCUUAAACACGAUCAAGUUCCGGGCAAACAAGCACACAUUCAUCUGAUCGGAUCAUUCUCCAAGAACAAUGUUUUCAAGGAUCAGUCCCAGGGUGUAAUCUGCUAUAGAGAUGGAAAUGGGGAGAUAGUUUGCGAAGGGUACGAUGAAGGCCCUCAUUUUCGUCAAGGGGUUCUGGGAACGACUUAUCAUCCAAGAGAUGCUGAGAUCCUUGAUCUUCUUCAAAAUAGAUGGCUUCAAAUCGUUAAUGUUGGUGGAUUAAGCAGUUGCAAUUAAGGUUUUAGCAUUGUGCAAGAUGACUCGUAGUGGAUUGAAUUUAACAAAUCCCCAGAUUUCAUGAAAUAAUUGUUUCUACAAGAAAGACACUUCAAGUAUUAGAGAUUGUAUAUAGAUAGCUACAACUCUUUCUCCUGUAAUCACCUUUUGUUUCUGGAUUAUCAUGAACAAAG